AUCCAUCCAAAACCGCAAAACUAAAGCCAUAGAGCUUCACGGCGCCUCAGCGCGCGAGGUCCCCCGACCUCCGCACACCCCAUUUUUCGGGGCUGUGCUCGGACCCAAAAACUCCAUGUCCCAACCGCACCACCACCCCGCGCCACCCCCACAACAAUCGGAUGAGCCACAGACGCAUCUGCCAGCUCCGUUGUCGCUGUAUAAGCAGCACUCAUGGUCUCCGGACAUUUACCGCGAAGAGGCGUGGCUCAAGCGGAAAGGAAACAGCAAGAAUCGGCGAAGCAAGAGCGUCACGGAUGAGGACCUCGAUGAGCUCAAGGCUUGUAUCGAGUUAGGUUUCGGGUUUGACUCGCCGGAGAUAGAUCAACGAUUGUCCGAUACUUUACCCGCUCUAGGGCUCUACUACGCCGUUAACAAACAGUACGUAGAUACCCUUUCGAAAUCGUCGAACACGACGUCGUUUUCCUCGACGGCAUCCGAGUACGAUACUCCGUCUCCCCUCGGAAGCCCCCACACCAUUUUCGGUCCAGGUGAGAAUCCACAGACGGUGAAGACGAGGUUGAGGCAUUGGGCACAGGCGGUUGGUUGCUCGGUGAAGCAAUUUUCCGGCUGAUUAUAAUAUAAUAAUCAGGGUUAGUGAUGGACUCAACCAGGGUUGGGUUACGUUAACAGAGUAACCAAACAUCAACAUCAAGUGAUCAAGAACCAGAAAUCAACUUGGCUGAUAUGAUAUAUAUGUGAUAUGUUAUGAUUUUGUCAACCGACUUAAUAUGUUAUAUGUAAAAAUAAUAAUAUACAUUAGGUGGACGACAACUGGAUUGCAUGUUUGGUUUUUCUUAGUUGUUAUGUUACUGCAUCUUUUUUCCC